AACUAAUGAUUGUGAACAAGUGUUAUUGGAAAAUGCAAUCAAGUUGAAUAGCCAAAAUGCAAACGUUUGGACGAUCGUAAUGAAUCAUUAUUUGAAGCUUAAAUUGUUUGAAACUGCAAAUAGAGUUCUAAGACAUAGUGUUCAAGCAUUGAAAUCAAAAUCAUUGCCUUUGUGGAAAACAAUUAGUGGUAUUUUCUUAAAAUUAGACGACCAAAAAUGGAUCGAGGAUUUAUAUACUAGAGGCAUAGCUUCUGUUUACACAGAAAUCAGCGUUACAUUCAGAAUUCCAUACUUAAAUUGGUGCUAUAAAAAAAAGGGUAGAUCUAUGGCUCGUAAAUUGUUUCAAAAUAUAAAAGAUCUUCAGCCAGGACAACCCGAAUUAUUCCUUUAUAUGAUAUCGCUUGAGAAGUCUUGUAAUCGCCUUAAAAACGAUGUAUAUAUCAAUAAAUUAUAUUUUGAGUUGUGCACUAAGUUUGGUUCUCAUCGUAUGGAUAUAUGGUAUCAUGCUAUUAAAUAUAAUCAUGAAGAGAACAAUGAGAAUGAUGUAGCACGUUUGUGCACUACAGCUGAUUCAAUAUUGCCCCAACACUUGAAGGAUGAAUUGAAAGAUAAAUUGAAAAUAAUUGCGCGAAAACCACCAUUAAAAAUAAAAGUUGCUUCACCUACGAUCUUGAUCUGAAUGCAGCUGAAGAAUAUUUAAAUAAUAUAUUACUUUUUCAUAAAAAAUGUAUAGGU